GCAAGACGAACAAGCCUGCUAGAUUUUACAACACCAAUGCUUCUUUAACCUCGAUAUCAAAAGAGGAACGUCGAAGUAGUAGUCGAACUCGACGUGCUGGGAGGUCAGCGACGACUACGACUACUACCAGUAGGUAUACUACGGCAACCAGCACCACAGCAAGCAGAUCAUACGGAGAUAUGGCUAAGAGUGAAGCUCGAAGAGCGACGAGUACAACUGCAGUUGCAAGGAAAGGCUCUGCCUCAAGGGGUAGACGGUUGAAGAGCAGAAAACGAGACGUUGAAGAUCGAGAUAUUAAGGCCCCCAGUGUAGGUACAUGCAUUCUCCUACAUAGUGAUCCUUGCUUCUUCCUUUUCUAUUUAGUUGAAAAAGAAGCCAGGAUCUCCUCCAAGGGUAAUUAUAAAGAGUAUCUAAGGUCGAACGAGGCUCACGAAGUCGCGAGCGAUCCGCUGGACGUACUGCUGGACAACGUUGUACGUCUAUUAAGGGUAGGUUAAAGGUGCUUUUCUUACCGUUUUUUAUGCCUCUCCUAAGGGAGAAAGGCAUAAAAAGCGGGGUAAGCGAGCACCAAAAACCUACCUCUAAGUCUACUACCACUGCUACUACUACUACGACCAUCUCUGAGACGUCGACCAGAAUUAUCAAGACAGUGAAUAUUGGCCUCCCAGUAAAACCUAGUCAAAGAAAUAAGGGAACGUCUCAGAGGCGAAGGAGGAGUCCCUCUACAAGAGCUUCUAGAAGACCGCAGCGGGAAGAAUGUGCCAGAAGAAGUUUCUCACGAAGUCGCAGACAAGAACGGGAAAAGGAAC